UUUAAAGUUGACAGAACGUUCACUCUGUAGCCUUAGCAUGCUAGCUGGCUAGCUUCGAUGUGAGCGUGAAAUGUGUUUCUUCAAAACACGACAGGGGUGAAACAACACGACACGCCGCAAUAUUGGCACUUGCGUCGUGUGUACGGAAAUAAAAAGACAACUAUUAGAUAAGUCUUUGAUGUUACCUUAGAAGAGUAUUGAAUGGACUCAAGUCAGAGAGGGACGCGUGUCGGCGACAUCAUCGGUGACGUAUGCAAUCAGGUGGGAGCGUCGUUGCAUUUUCCGCCAGUGACCUGCUGAAAUAGACGAUCUUUGUUUGGAAUGAUGGUGUAAAAUUAUAACAAGGCUAUUGUUCUUCGGGUUGAAUGUACUCAAUAAGUGAAUAGAAACGUUUGAAAUAUUUAGAGUUGCAUUGUCAGUACAAACAAAAUCACGCAAACAACUAAAUAAACCAUGUAUUUACUAGCGCAGUGGCGUUGAUUGAUUGAUUGAAACGUUUAUUAGUAGAUUGCACAGUACAGUACAUAUUCCGUACAAUUGACCACUAAAUGGUAACACCCCAACUUGUUUAAGUCGGGGUCCACGUUGAUCAAGUCAUGCUGUCAAAUUAAAAGCAUAAAAUGUAUUUUGUUCCCCUUAAUUACGUCUACAACGUGCCCUACUUCAUUUUCUGUCAGUGACGUGCUGAAAUAGACGAUCUUUGUUGGAGUUUUGUGUAAAAUUAUAACAAGUAUUGUUCUUCAGGUUUGAAUAUACUUAAUAAGUGGAUAGAAAGGUUUGAAAUAUUAAGAGUUGCAUUGUCAAAUACAAACAAAAUCAAGCAAACAGCAAAGAAAACCAUUUGCAUUUAUUUACAAGCGCAAUGACUGUCACAUUAAAAGCACACCUUUUUUUUGUCCGUGGUGCAACGACACGACGUUGAUCAAUUCAUGCUGUCAAAUUAAAAGCACAAAAUGUAUUUUUUUUCCCCCUUCUGGCCGUGGUGCUACCACACCAGACUCCAGUAUAAGAUUCUUAAUUACGUCUACAACGUGCCCGACUUCAUUUUCUGCCAGUGACGUGCUGAAAUAGACGAUCUUUGUUGGAGUUUUGCGUAAAAUUAUAACAAGUAUUGUUCUUCGCAGUUUGAAUAUACUUAAUAAGUGGAUACAAAAGUUUGAAAUAUUAAGAGUUGCAUUGUCAGAUACAAACGAAAUCAAGCAAACAGCAAAGUAAACCAUUUGCAUUUAUUUAUUAGCGCAAUGGCUGUCAAAUUAAACGCACACCUGUUUUUUUCGUCCGUGGUGCGACGACACGAGACUCCCGUAUAAUAUUCUUAAUUACGUCUACAAAAGGGACAAGCGGUAAGAAAUGGAUGGAUGGAUGGACGUGACCUUCUAAUUCGUUUUUUUUUGCCAGUGACGUGUUGAAAUAGACGAUCUUUGUUGGAGUUUUGUGUAAAAUUAUAACAAGGCUAUUGUUCUUCCGGUUUGAAUAUAUUUAAUAAGUGGAUAGAAAAGUUUGAAAAAUUAAGAGUUGCAUUGUCAAUACAGAUGAAAUCAAGCAAACAAGAAUAUGAAGCAUUUACAUGUAUUAUUUACCAGAGCGAUAUUGUCAAAUUAAAAGCACGCCAUUUAUUUUUAUUUUCUUCUGGGAGUGGUGCUUCCACACUAGACUCCAGUAUAAGACUCUUAAUUACGUCUACAACGUGGCCUUCUGGAAUACUAAAACAUAGAGACUGUCAAAUUUAACAUUUAGGGAGAGUGGUUUGAAGUAAACAUUUAGGAAAUUUGUGGGUCACAUAGUCACCAAUUUAUAUUGUAUAGUCCUCGAGUUUACCUAGCUAUGCUAAGCUAUUGACGUUAGCCUUGUCAUUUGUCUUACUUUUGAUAUUACAGUAAUAUUGAAGUGUUCAUAUACCUCAAAUUCUUUCUUUUAUUGUAAGUAGCAAAUUGUGGGUCGCAAACAUAUCGAAAUGGGGGUUUAUUAUACCCUUGGUAAAUCAGCUAAUCUAGUUUUGCUAUGGUAGCUUUUUUUCUCCACAUUGCUUAAUUGACUCGCAUCGACUCUUGGCAAAAACAACAAAACUUGUCAGUUCAAACUACCGGAAGAAAUGAGCGAUUUAAUGAUUUUCACCAACAACCGUAGUGCUACAAAAACAGAUCUCACUUUGCUUCUGGAGUGUGUCAAGUUCCAGAUGAACUGUCCUGCUCUGCAGAAGCAAGCCCUCGUCACCAUUAAUUCCAUAUGUGAGAAGAGAGAGGACAAUGUGGACCUGCUGAGAGAAAUUGGAGGGGUUGCAUUUUUGUACAACCUCUCUAAAUCUGGUGUUGUUCAUCCAGAUGUAAAGGUGACGACGCUGUUUGCACUGGGUACGCUAGCAGAGGCUAAUGUGCCCUGCAAGAAUUUUCUGUGUCGAAAGGAGAUGUUCAUGGACCUCGGUGGCUACAUAAGGGAAGAAAGCACUUCAAUAAGGCAGAAGAGUGUGUCUAUCUUUCUGCUGUCCGUGUUGGUGGCUAGCAACAAAGCAGGACAGACUUUAGCACAAACGACUGGCUGUGUAGAUAUCCUGCUGGACCUCUUCAGAACCACAUUCCCUGUUUCAAACGAAGAUUCUUUCAGUGACGCCAAAACUGCAGACAACCCACGUUUAUGGGUGUCGGUGUCAAGUGCCCUCUGUGGAUGUGUCAUCAACCCUCAGAAUGAGGCGGGUCAGCGUAUUUGCGUGGCGUCCUUUCCCGAAAUAAAAAAGUGGCUUCAUCAGGUUCCCCUGCCUAGCGGUGAAGUCUUUCAACACCUUUGCUCUUUCAUUGCAAUGACAGUUGCCAACAAUAUAUUUGUUCAGGAGCAUUUUGCUGCUUCUGGAGUUUUGGAAACUCUCAUUUGUACACUGAUACGCCUGACCUCUGAAUCCGAAACAAGCGCUUCGUCUUUCCACCGUUCAGUAACGAUAACCAAGACCUUGUCAGCUUGUGUUGCUGAUAACUCAGCACUGGCUUCAGAGUUGGCAAAGUACGGUGUAGUGUGUCAUCUCUUCUCCCUGCUGGCUAACCCAAACUUGGACAGCGAGGACGGGCUUACAGUGCUCAUCAUGAUGGGCCACUGCACGCAGGCCUCUGAGGAGCACCAGUGUCAGCUGGUGCAGUGUGGAGGCCUGCCACUCAUUAUCACGCUACUCGCUGAAGCAACCAGUGAGGCGGAAAGGAAGGCUGCAACAUUUAUACUGGAAACCUGCAAACAGGCCACCAUGUCCUUGGGAAUGUCUGCUGAGAGACUAAAGCAGGGAGAUGACACAAAAGAAGCGAUUGGCCAUCUUUCUCUUCCUCUGGCCUCACGUUUGGCGGAAGUCGACUAUUCUACACGGAUGGUCCCCACUUUUUCUAAAAUGCUGGACGCCAAUAAUGCUAUCAAGACCGAAGAGGAAGAAGACAUUCAAAUGAAGAGUGCACAGUUAGGUGAAAGGAGUCACAAAGAAAAGGCGGGAACAAGCAAAGGGAAAGUUCAGUGCCUAGUGUGCAAAGGCACCGGAUCCAUCAUACUUCCUCUUGCGGGAGACAGAGAUGCAGACACAGACAGUCACCCAUUGAAACCUCCAGAGCCUCAAGAACAAAAUGUGGGAGAAUCAUUUUUAUUCAGUGAUUGGAAAAAGUCACAGGACAAUGCUAUGCAAAUAAAGGAAAUACCAGAGGAGGAACAGUCCCGUUGUAUUGAAAGAUGUACAGCUUGUGUGCUACCUUUUGAGAGAGUGACCAGUCGCACUUUCGCGUCAAUCCUGUCGUCCUGCCAUCAGAACUGUGACAUGCACGGGGUUCUACUCAAUGCCACAGAACGCUUUAGGGCCCAUCACCACGUCGUGCUGUCUGAGGGAGACAACAACAAGGAUGACAUAAUGGAAGCGACUGAACAACAAUCGGAGAGAAUGUCAGUGUUGCAGGAGAGUCAGGAAGCCAGGGGACCAAGGAAGAUUCCAUGUUUAAACCUUUCUAAAAACGUUAGACUGACUCCCACCUACAAAGGAGCUAAGUACUCGCUGCCAAGAUGGAAACGCCAGAGGUAUAAUGGGAUUACUUUGAUGCCAAUGUGAAGAACUUUGAGCAAGACUGAAAAGUGAAGCCAUUGGAUGUUGCUGGCUCUGCAAUCCUGGACCAAAUAUCAUGUUCUGUAAUGUAUAAGAAUUGUUUUUCUACAGGUUUUAGUACUUUUUUUGUUGGAUAAAAACAUGUUCUGCAGCACCUUUUAUUCAUGUGCAGUCAUUGUUGAGAGUGUUUUUUUUUCAAUAUUAUUAA